AUGUUGUCGUUCGCGUCCAUCAGGUAUUUCGACGAAAUCUUCAGCAUCAGUGGACAACCAGCCAAAGUUGCAAAAUACGGGGACUACUACAGCUAUGAGCACUGCCCUCGUGCCAAGAUGCUUAAACGAGACCACGAAAAACUUACGGACAUGGAUUCCAUUAUGACCUACAUGUGGUACAACGACUACAAGAACGACCCUCUCUCCCGCUGCAACUGCACCCCGCCGCAAAAUCCGGCUUACGCGAUCGCCGCCCGCUACGACCUGCUCUGCCCAGAUGGAAAAUACGAAGUCCCAGGAAUGUACCGUCAUGGCAUGGGCGGCAUUGAUGUCAAGGUUACAAACCAAGAGCUGAUGGCGUCAUUAGAGUACGUCGCCGUAAGUGGACCUACGUGGAUUAACGUACCGGCGUUCCAGUGGAGCACGAGCGGACUGCCGGAUAGCCACGUGGGCCAUCCCGAUAGGUGGCAGUUCAAACCGGUUCAGCACAAGUGGACACCUGCGAGAGGCACUCCGAGUGAAACACCUUCAAUAAACUGAGCCCGAAAGGAGGCUUGCUCGACUAGUCUGGUCCUGCCACGACGUGUAAACUAGAGCGCUUAAAAUCAAUUUUCAUUCUAAACGCUCUAAGGUUGAAAAUUGCACGUGUUGGAACAGCAUCGCGUUGCUAUAGCAUUACCGAAGCCGCCGAAAUUGUGCGCAUGGGAAGUAUGUGCGUCAGCAUGCCGUGUAUUUCCCUUAGUGCCAAAGAAAAUGAUUUGCACACGCUCUAAUACGGCAUGUCGUACCCCCGUUUUUCCUUUUUGUUGUGUUUCCGAACGCAGCCAAACGAUCAUGUGACAAAGCCGGCUUGGUAUUGGGGGAUAGUCCUUACUGCAAAAAUUUUUUGGCUGUGUUCUCGUUUUUCCCCUUUGAAUACGUUCACGUAUAUAUUCCUCUGAUCACGGAAUAAAUCGACAGUUGCAUGUA